UCAUCAUCAUCGGAGUAAAAGAAUUAAUUUGAUUUGAUCCGACGUCGUUUUGAUGGAAAACAAGAAGGAAGAACCAGUGAUGGGAAUCCCAUACAAUCCAAACUACCAGCAGCAACAACAACCACCGCCACCUGUAUAUGUACAGCAGCAGCAGCAACAAUAUUAUCAUGUCGGACACAAUCCGUACCAAGCUGGUCAGAUCCCACCAAACGCGGUGUUUGGUGAUCCAAAAGGGAUUCCCAUCCAACAGACUAUUUAUAGAGAUACUCCUGCUCCUAUUAACUGUGCUUUCUGUGGCAGUUCCGGCCUCACCACCGUCAGGUCAAAACCAAGUCUGGCUGCUGUUGUUGGUUGCAUGACGCCAUUCAUGCUUGGAGUAUGCUUUCUUUGUCCUUCAAUGGAUUGUCUUUGGCACAAGUAUCACUAUUGCCCUAACUGCAACGAGAAGCUUGCUGAUUUUGAGAAGAAUGAUGCGUGUUUGGUAAUGGAUCCUCCAAGUUGGUGUCUACCAAGUUUUGCGUUGCCUGCUUAAGCAUGUAUGAUAAAUGCCGAUUGUUCCAUUGUGCUCUUGAGCACUUUGAUGCUGAACUUUUAUUGUAUCUGUAAGUAUGAGUGAAGUUCAAGUAUUCAAACAUAACAACUUGAUAUCGAUAAAUGUUGUGAAUUGUAGUACUAGUAUGUGGAUUCUGUGAGAAUGAGCAAGCUUAGCAUUGUUGGAACUUGCAUCUUGUAUAGCCUUACUUGUGUUUAUAUACCUAUGUGGCUAUGUAUACUAGCAAGGAGUUUACAUCA